UCCAGGGGCAUAAGAAAAACAACGGAAGCACGUCUUGAUUUUCAGUGUUUUUUUCUAUGAAGUUCUGCAAAAUAACUGGCUCAUCAUCGUGAAUUACAUGCAAGAGAGCUUUUUCAUUACCGCCGCAUCAUGUCAAAGCACAAGAAGCAAGCAACUUCCGAAAACAUGAAAAAAACUGGGCAGCCUUGUGAAUCACCUGUUCCAGACUCACUUAACAUUUUGAACGAUGAUUGUUUGGCCAUGAUUUUCCAGCAUCUUCCAAUUAGGGAUAAACUCAUUAUCAAUACAGUUUGCAAACGUUGGAAGGAAGUUUCUCCAUUGGCUUGGCAGAACGUUAAAACCGUUGACUUUGAGCAAUAUGCUGAUGAACCAAGUACCUUCGAUGAAUUACCUGACGAGUACAGAACGAUUCAAUGGCUCGGGGUAAUUAUCAAGCGAUCUGGAACUUACCUAAAGCACCUGAAGCUUUCUUAUUCAGCAAACUGCAAACUGCUGCCACUAGUUGGUCAUUACUGUGAAAACUUGACGACCAUUGACAUUUCGUACGAUUUCCAAGGCUGGGACUGGGCUGCAUUUUUCCCUAAGAUGCAAAAAUUUCGGUUGGCAUAUAAAGAGGAAGAAGGAGAAAGUCUUCCUGAAAAAAUUCUCCCUACUCUGUCUCCGGAGAGUUUAACCGAAAUUCGCCUCUCUAUAUUCUACCCUAACGAUGUGAGCAGGCAACCUAUUCCGGGAUUUUUUUCCCCUAUAGCAGCCAAGGCAUUUCAGAGAUUCACCAAGUUGGAGGUGAUCUGCCUGAGCACCUUUAAUAUUAGCUCUGAGAUGAUGGAUGCUUUGAAUCAGAUGCAUCACGUCAAAAGUCUCUUUCUUCCAUAUUGUAAUCUUAAUCAACGACUCCCAUCUAUGUCUCUCCUCGCCAAUCUAGAACACCUGAAUUUCUCGUCUGUCAAGGAGAUCAACGACAGCUUUCUGAUUGUGCUCUCAGAUAUUGGCCAAAAUCUCAAAUCCUUAGCGCUCACACAAUGCAACGUGACUGAUGAAGGAAUUGGACAUCUUAGGAAACUACGCCAACUUGAAGAACUCGACAUAGGCGAUAACUGGAAAAUCACUGGUGCUCUUCUCGGCACCUUGAAGGGUCUGAGGAAAUUGAAUUGCCAGUCCAGUUCCGUUUUCGAUGAGGGUCUCAUCGAACUAAUAAAGAAUGCACCUAAUUUGGAGAACUUGGAAUUAAUGUUUACUAAUAUUACAGAGCUUUUGCUCAUGGAGGCAAAUGAGAUCACAAAACGAAGGACUAAUAAACUUCCUCUGAAGAUGGAAGUUGAUGUUCAUGUGACAGACGAUUGGAACGAGUGCAAUGAUUCCCCGUUACUGUUUGUCGAUGGCGUCACUACCAUUCGACUUGGGUAGAAAUACAUGAGCGAGUUCGAGGUAUCUUAUUCCUUCUUCUUUGAAGAAAAUAUUUUCAUCACCAGCUAUUAUGAUUCGAUAACAGCAAAUUAUUAAGAAUAUUGAGCGGCUCUGUCUGAAAAUUGAAGAAAUACUCGGUAAAUAUUGUAAGCGGAUGUUAUCAGUUUGCAGAACUAAUCACAUCAGUAUUGAGCAGUAUUGGUCGGUUUUCUUCAUUAGUGUGCUCAUCAUCAUUAACUAUUUACGGUUUCUAAGAAUACUUUGGAUGUUCGAUUGAAAAAUAAACUGUACUU